AUGUCAGUACCGUAUGGCCACUGGGAGAGUCCACUCACCCCCGAACUACUGUCAACUAGUAGUAUCUCGCUUCACGAGGUAGUCGUCAAUGAAUCAACAGGAGCAAUCUACUGUGUAGAAUGCCGCCCUACCGAGGACGGCCGCCAUGCAAUCGUUGAGCAUUUGCACGGUGAGAGCCGUGAUGUGCUGCCCAACGAGUUCAGUGCACACGCGACGGUGCAGGAGCUCGGUGGCGGUUCAAUUGCGAUGAGGCCAGACGGGCUGAUCACCUUCUGCGAUGAGAGGUCUUGCAGCAUUUGUCUGCUCGAUCCAAUCUCUGGUAAAGUGACGCUAGUCCGGGAAGGUGUCAACGGCAUCCGCUAUGCUGAUUUCUGCCAUCAUCCUACCGAUCAGCAGUGGGUGAUUGCGAUCAAGGAGGAUCAUCGGGAAGCCACCCCAGAAACCCAGGCAACCAUGGUUCAUAACUCCCUGGUCGCUAUAAAUACCCAGACAGGUAAGGAAACCACCAUCGCGCAGGGCGAUGAUUUCUUCUCCCAUCCUAAGUUCAACCCUUCCGGGAGGCAUGUUUCUUGGAUCCAGUGGUCCCAUCCGGAUAUGCCGUGGACCGGAACCGUUCUUCACGUUGCCACUUGGGAGAAUGGAGUUAUUAAGGAUACCAAACGUAUUGCUGGUAAAGCAAUGGCAGAGAGCAUCGCUCAGCCGAAAUGGGGUUUGGACGGACUGUUGUACUUUGCGAGCGAUAGAACAGGAUUCUGGCAGCUGUAUUCAUUCAACGUACAAGAGAGCGUCCUUCGCCCCUUGGAGUUGAAGGGCCUCGAAGAAGCGGAGUUUGCCACCGCCGAAUGGGAACUUGGAAGCUCCACGUAUAUUUCUCUCGACGCAACCACCCUGGUCGCAUCCGCUAUUACCCACGCCACGAGCCAGCUUUUCCUAAUUGACACCACUACGUCUACUGCCCAGCAGCUUGACCUUCCGUACCUGGACGUGGGAUCCCGCGCAAAUGGAAUCUACCGCGUUUCCCCAACCAGCUUCGCCAUCGUUGGUUCAACGGCAACAUCUCCCCAGGAAUUGGCUCUGGUGUCCAUCGCGCCCACGAAGGAGGCCCAAAGCACGGUCCUGACAUCAACGGCAUCCUUCACCUUAGACGCGGCAUACGUUUCCCGCGCCACGGAAUUCAGCGCACCUCAAAAGUAUGGCCCACAGCUCGACAACAACGUACACAUGUUUUACUUCCCACCCCAGCACCCCAGUCACCAGUCCGUUAACCUCGGCCCGCCCCCAGCUCUUAUGUACGUCCACGGCGGACCCAACAGCUGCGUCAGCCCAGCACUUAACCUCGAGAUCCAAUACUGGACGACACGCGGCUUCGCCGUCUGCGCGCUGAACUACACCGGCUCGACCGGUUACGGUCGCGAAUAUCGCGAACGUCUCUCCGGAUACUGGGGCCUCGUGGAUGUCGGUGAUGCCGCGAGCGCAGUCGACUAUCUUGUGGAGCAGGGGCUUGUCGACAAAGCGCGCGUCGGGAUUUACGGCGGGAGUGCAGGCGGCUACCUGACGCUGCGGGCUCUGCACAUGUACCCUGAUGUGUGGGCGGCGGGGAUCAGUUCCUACGGUAUCAGUGAUGUCCGGGCGUUGCAGGCCGAUUCAUACAAAUUUGAGAGCCAGGAUGUGGACCGGAUAUUGCUUAGUACUACUAAGGCGGAGGAUAGGGACGCGGAGCUCACUCGGCGCAGUCCGUGCCAUUUUGCCGCGCAGAUGAAGGCGCCGCUGCUCUUGCUGCAGGGUACGUCGGAUAUGGUGGUUCCUGUUGCGCAGGCUAGAAUGAUGGCUAGUGCGAUGCAUGAGUGUGGAAGGGUAGCGGAGGUGGUUGAGUUUGACGGUGAGGGCCAUGGAUGGGUCGGUCAUGGAACUAUUUAUGAGUCUUUUAGGCGGAAGGAGGAGUGGUGGAAGCUUCAUUUGACUUGACUUUGUCUCUGAUAUGC